ACAAACAAACAGAGAAACAAACAAACAAACAGAGAAACAAACAAACAAAGAAACAAACAAACAGAGAAACAAACAAACAGAGAAACAAACAAACAGAGAAACAAACAAACAGAGAAACAAACAAACAGAGAAACAGAAACAAAGAGAAACAGAAACAAAGAGAAAUAGAAACAGAAAUAAACAGAAACAGAAAUAAACAAACAGAAAGAAACAAACAGAAACAAACAAACAGAAACAAACAAACAGAAACAAACAAACAAACAAACAAACAAACAAACAAACAAACAGAAACAAACAAACAGAAACAAACAAACCGAAACAAACAAACAGAGAAACAAACAAACAGAGAAACAAACAAACAGAGAAACAAACAAACAGAGAAACAAACAAACAGAGAAACAAACAAACAGAGAAACAGAAACAAAGAGAAACUGAAACAAACAAAAACAGAAACAGAAAUAAACAAACAGAAACAAACAAACAGAAACAAACAAAUAAACAAACAAACAAACAAACAAACAGAAACAAACAAACAGAAACAAACAAACGGAAACAAACAAACGGAAACAAACAAACGGAAACAAACAAACAAACAAACAAACAAACAAACAAACAAACAAACAAACAAACAAACAAACAAACAAACAAACAAACAAACAAACAAACAAACAAACAAACAGAAACAAACAAACAAACAAACAAACAGAAACAAACAAACAGAAACAAACAAACAAACAGAAACAAACAAACAGAAACAAACAAACAAACAAACAGAGACAAACAGAGACAAACAGAAACAAACAAACAAACAAACAAACAAACAAACAAACAAACAGAAACAAACAAACAAACAAACAAACAAACAGAAACAAACAAACAGAAACAAACAAACAGAAACAAACAAACAGAAACAAACAAACAAACAAACAGAAACAAACAAACAAACAGAAACAAACAAACAGAAACAAACAAACGAAACAAACAAACAAACAAACAAACAGACAGACACUUUAUUUAAGCUUUUACAGUAAACUUCAAAAUUUUUUGUAGAGAUUUGAAUAAAAUAGCAGACGCCCUUGGUGGAAAGUUCGGACGACUCAUCUUCAGUUUCGUAGCAUUCAUAUCCGGUUAUGUCUUGGGAUUUUUUUAUUUAUGGCAAAUGACUCUUGUAAUGCUGGCGCUGUUGCCAAUCGUAGCCAUAAGUGCGGGACUAUUUGCAAAGGUAUAAUAUAACUUGGUAGAACAAUGGUUAAGGUCCAUUUCCACUCGGGAAAAUUUUCCGCGGAUUGAAAAUUUUCCGAAAAUAUCAUUCUUAAAAAAAUUUCUUCAACUUCAAAAUUUUUUUGCGACGGAAAAUUUGUGUCAGCCAAUCACAUUUUACAAAAUUUUCUUUCUGCGGAAAAUCUUCCUGAGUGGAAAUGGCCCUUUAUAUUUUACCUUUGCGACAAGGAUUCCUCCAAUAUGCAGUUGCCUGAAGAGUGCCUAUAGGCUAUAGUUUGGCUGUACUAUCAGUUAACAAGUCAUUUUCAAAGUUCUUACUUCGUUAGGAUCGUGAAACUGUGGAACUGUGUACCUAACUCACACUCAUUCAUCACGACUGACUAAUAUCUUCCAGGUCAUUCACUAUAUCUAUGGUCAUUCAUUCUACCACUUCUCUCUUCUGUGCUUCCAGUUUUCCAUUCACCUUCCAUUUUUCUAUUCUAUAUUUUUCUUGUUCUUCUAUCUCAUCUAGUGGUGUCAUGGAACCUAUAGUCUCGUUUGUGCAGGGCCUUUUUUAAGGAUUUUUCCGUGGGGGGGGCAUUUUUUGAAAAGGGACUUUUCUGUGAUAUAAUAUAUUAGAGGGGGAUAGCAAUGACUGAAGGCUACGUGUGUCGCCAAUGUACCACUCAUGAAUGGGGGGUGGUCUGGGGGAGUAUUCCCCCAGAAAAUUUUUGAAAUUUGAAUCCCGGAAAUGUCAUUUCCUGCAUUCUGAGCAUCCAAAUUUGCUCCAAAAUUUAUGCUAACUAUACUUGUAUUUGAAAUAAAUAAAGGAAAAAACGCACAAAAAGUUUAAAAAAAUUAACCAUCAUUUAUCACUACUUAUUAGAGGGAUAAUCCCCAGAAACAGAUAAUCCCCAGAUAAACCCGGAAAUGCUAUUUCCUGCAUUCUGAGCAUCCAAAAAAUAAAAAAAUUAUUAACAAUAAUUUAUCAUUACUUAGUGGUAGAAAAAAGUAACAAUUUAAAUCGAUUUUGUUAAACAAGGACAAAGGAUAAAGCCUAAAACUUACUUUCCGUUUAUGUAUUUGUUAAUCUUCGCUGGUUUGUUUCUAUAAUUUUAGGGAAAAGGGACUUUUCCUGGGGGGGGGGGCAAAAUGUGAUUUCGUGGGGGGGGGGCACAAGGGGGGACUGGGGGGGCAUUUGCCCCCCCAGCUUGUAUGUUAAAAAAGGCCCUGCGUUUGUGUUUCGCCACAUUUGGCAUCUUCUAUGAAUAUAGUUACUAUUCUUCAUAUUCUUGUUCAAUUAUCUGUGUAAGUUAAGUAUAAUAAUAUUGUCAACUCACAAGUUAUCUACGUGCCAAAGUAAAGCUGCUAAAUUAAUAAAUAAAUAAAAAAUAACCCAUAGGUCUAGUAACUAUUUGUUUGUAAAUACUAAAGCCCUGGGCAAACAAGGAAACAUUGUUGUAGAAACAUUUGUGAUUCUCGAUGUUUCCUCAAAUGUUUCCCAGUUUGCCCACCCGUGGAAAUAUUUGUUGCGGAAACAAAAUUUGCUUUCCGAGAAGCAAAAGUGUUCAAGUUCCUAGCGAAUUCAGAAACAUUUGAUGUUUCUCUAUGUUUCUCACUAAUGUUUCCUAGUGUUUGCCCACUCUUGGAAACAUGGCGAAACAUUGGUAGGAAACAAUGUUUCCGCAACAAUGUUUCCUAGUUUGCCUGCAGGGCUUAAGCCUGACGCAUGAACCAAAAUACGUUGGAUUUUUUCUACCCUGUUAGAUUGUCGGUGGUUUUACUGCAAAAGAACUUGCUGCCUAUGCGAAAGCCGGGAGUGUAGCUGAACAAAGCUUCUCCUCGAUCAGAACUGUCGCUGCAUUUGGUGGAGAGGCAGAGCAAACUAAAAAGUAACGUAUAAUAAACGCAACUAUAAUAGUUUAGAACCACGGACGACUAACAGAGGCGUAGCCAGGGCUGGGGUCGGGGGGGGGGGGGCGCUCCCCUGGCAAAAUUUUGGGGGCCUCCUAAUAAAAUGUAUUGUAUAAAAAAGGGAAUCCUUGAUUAUGUAGCUUCAUGCUGUCAAUAAUACAAAAACUCUAUAGAACAUAUGCUUUCACAAUCUCGCACCCAGAGCAAUGCCUGUGCGCGGGCUGAGAUGGCAUUAGGGAGCUUUAGAUUUGACUACGAGUACGACUACGAGUACGAGAUUCGUCAAGCUAAACGCAUGCUAUAUGCUUACGCCAUCCCGUACUGACGCUAAAAAGUCGUAGCCGUCGCCCAUCUGAGUACGAAAUUGUGGAGAAACCUCGUAGUCCUCACGACGACUUUUCAAAAAAAACAAAGAAUGUUGGCUUUUUCUUGUUUCCAAAAAUAAUUUGUAGCAUUUAUAUAGCGUUUCUCCGGCGCAAAUAAUAUAUUAGUACUAAAUAUCUGGCCUAUUUUUAAUGUUAUGAUUUAUUUACACGUUUUGUAGGGGAUUUUAGUCGGCAGGAGAUUUAGUUUAUGAAACUUUUUCUCUAGUUGUUGAUUUACUGUUAUAAAAGCAACAUUUGAAUGGAAACGAAAACGGCUACGGUAAUUUCCUAGCACGCGAUCAAAUCUCGUACUCGUACUCGUAGUCGUACUCGUAGUCAAAUCUAAAGUUCCCUAUUGGCUCUGGGGAAGAACCCCUAAAUUUAGGGGUUCCGGUUCUUUGUCGGCAUGCACCAUUGAUAAAGGUUAAACCAAUCACAGCACAGGAAAAAUUCAAUUUCUCCAGAGCCAAUGCGGCUAAGAUCCUGGGUACGAGGUUGGCACAGGCAUUGUUCUGGGUACGAGAUUGAUGCUCUACUGACUUUGCUGCGCAUCAGUGUGAAACCUAAAAUCUUGUUCGCUUAUUUGCGGCACACAGCUUGAAACACAUACCUUUUCUAACCCCGAAUUAUUUCAAUAUGUAUUGAAUGAGGGUUAGAUGAAGUUUAAACCAAUUUGUUUUUUUACCAGUGAAUUUUUAACGCGGGUUCGUUGAAAAAUCACAUGUGUCGACAAUUAAUUUUACCCAGCACCGCACAGAAUGACUUGGCCCCACCUGGGUUUUUGCUGCCCCUCCCCUGACCAAAAGUCCUGGCUACGCCUCUGACGACUAAGAUCUAACAAAACAUCAACAAGAAAUACCAGCAAGCAUUGUUUUAACAAAGUUUCGUUUCCUCAGUGAUUUUCUUCGGCCAAACUCCAAGGCCAAAUUCGCCAUUUUUGGGGUACUUUUUUGAAACCGACGUGAAAAAUCUAAGCGAUGUGAAAACAUUUUUUUUAAAUAUUUAACUGUAAAUUAACUUAUAAUGAUUAUACUCACAAUUGUAGUUAUACAAAUCCCUUAUUCACUGCGUACAAUCUCAGAUUUGGAAAAGGCAGUACCCCAGAAAUGGUGGCGUGAGGUCCAUUUCUCAUUUUCCGCAGAAAGAAAAUUUUGUAAAAUGUAAUGGGCCGACACAAAUUUUCCGUUUCUGUCCAUGGACGUUUUCCUGGGUGGAAAUAGGCCUUUAUUUUUAGUCGUUGCAAGUUUUGAAACGCGAUCUGCUGAUGUUCUUCGCUCCCUUGGCUGGGACGACGGCGGAUCUAGAGACAAGACGGUGUACAACUAAGUCAAUAUUGUUGUACAAAGUCUUGAAUGGCUACAUCGGCCCUAACCUUAAGGAGUCUCUAAUAUUGGGAAACACUCGCCAAUUACUAACUACGAUCUUAGAAAUUGUCUAACAGAUUUAACCCUUCCUAAACCAAAAAGAGAGUACCUUAAAAAGAGUUUCAAUUAUAGUGAAGCUAAAUUGUGGAAUAGCCUCCCGUUUGAUGCAAAGGUAGCGGAAUCUGUUAGCCAAUUUUAGAAUAUUAUUAGAGAUAAUGAUAGCUAAAUGAUAUUUGUGGUCACACCAGUAACAUUUACAAUGUAAAUAUUUCUUUUUUGUAAAUAGUUAAUAUUUGACGCCCCCCGUGGAAAUCAGCUAAUUGCUGUCGGGGCCAGCGUCAUUAAAGUAAAGUUUUACCAUACCAUACCAGUCUUGCCUUGUUUCAGGUACGACGUUCAUCUCGUUAACGCUGCCAAGUUUGGAGUGAGCAAAGGGUUUGGUGUGGGAAUUGGAAUGGGAAUAUUUCAAAUGGUCAUCCUCGGAAACUACGCUUUAUCGUUGUGGUAGGUUUUGAUUUUCAAACUUAUUUCGUCUGUAUCGUUGGUGCUUACUCGUCCCUUUGCGUCCUAUUGUUCCACCCCCCAAGCGCCUGCCUUGCAGGCUACAUGAUUUUACUUUUUUCGAAGCAAAUUUGUGUGGAAGAAUGAGUGACUAUACAUGGUGCAUUUACUUCAAUUAAUAUCCUGAUUCAGACAUUUAUAGUAUUGUAGGCGUAUCAUCGUUUAAGACGCUUUAUCUGUCUGACAGAUCAUUCGUCUUAGGGCCUGUUCAUAUGGGCAAAAGUUAUCCCGGUUAGUGAGAAAACUUUUCGACAAGUUUACAAGCGAGAUCUCGCCUUGGUAGGAAAAUAAUAUGAAAAGUUACACUACGUUCAUAUGAGACAAAAAGUUUUCCCGUGUACCGAGAUCUCGCUUGUUGACAGGCGAGAUCUCGGUGACCGGGAUGUUUUUCCCAUAUGAACACAACUUUCCCCGGCUUAGCGGGAUAACUUUCUGUCGUGUCAGCAACUUUUCAAUUCAAUUGAUGUUCAGUACUAUGUCACAGCCGGAAACUUUACCUGGUAAGCGGGAUAACGUGUCUCCAUAUGAACAAAACAAAAGUAUUUGGCUAGUCAAAAAGUUUUCUCGCUAACCAGGAUAACUUUUACCCAUAUGAACAGGCCCUUAGUUACAAACACAAACUGUAGCUGGAAUAGCCUAAGCGCGCCCUCUAAAAGCACCUUUAUUAAAAGUGUUCCUGCAUGCAAAUUAUUAGUCCUUUCUGAAUGCAAUGAUCUUUAUUUCAUUGCGGUAGCUUUUACAGCUUUUACGUUACAUGAAAUCAACCAGUGUCCAGUUAUUUUUGGGACACCCGGUAGACUAUACUGGCAAUGAUUCUGGAAACAAAUUAUUUGACCAGGGACGCCGGAACUGGGGGGGCAGGGGGGGGGGCGGCUGCCCCCCUUGCCUUUUGCUAGGGGGGCAGGGGGGGCAAAAGUGCCCUUUUAGUUGUAAAAUAAUACGUGAUAAAUCACAUUUCCAACGAUGCUUUUUGUAGGAAAAUCACGAGAUUCAGGUCAUUUAUAGUUUAUUUAUAAAAAUUUUGGGAAAUUUUUGGAAUUUAGAAAAAUAUUUUGAAGAAAUGGCGAAAAUGUAAGAUAUCCGGAAAAUUUUUUGGUUUCACGGAAAAUUUUUGUAUGUCCGGAAAAAAUUUUUGAGCCCUAAAAUGGUACACUGACCGUAAUUUUUUUGGCGACGGGGGGGUGGGGGGGUGGAGGUCGCCAAAAAAUUUUGCAGUGAAAAAAAAAUUUUCAGUAAAGGUGCCCUUGGUGUGCGUCCGCCCCCCUUUGCCCUAUUAUCGUUCCGGCGUCCCUGAUUAUUUCCUCAUAUUUUCCUGACAGUUUCAGUUGUCAUUUCCUACAAUUAAUAUUUCCAUUAGGUAUGGUAUUAAGUUGCUCAGAGAAGGUGAUGCAGAGCCUGGUGAUGUCUCCAGUGUAUGUAAAUAUCUUAUCUUUAGUUUGGCAUUUAAUUUUCUAUUGAUUAGAUUUAAUAGAACAGCACUCAUUUAUAAACGUCUCAUCAUUUUCCAGCCACUGAAUCCACUGCAACUUUAUUUUUCUAGACAUUUUUUAUGGUGCUAUUGGGAUCAAUGACUUUAGGUCAGGCUGGUCCGUCUAUGGAAGCCUUGGCAGCUGCCUGUGGUGCGGCCCACACUGUUUUCGAAAUUAUUGAUAGGGUAAUGACUGAAAACAAACAGUAACCGAGUAUCCAUUUUAUUGUCGAUUUCAAGUCACUUUUCAACGCGGUUCCCAAGUUCGUUGCAAACUUGCCAAUUACGUUUCCAAGUUCAAAAAUUGGGCGUGAACUUCGCAACAAAGUUUGCAAGUACAUUUCAAUGUUUGAACUAUUGUAAACAAAUGUCCAUAGUUCAAAUUGAAAUGAACAAUUCAAUGGAAAGUUCUUGGUCCAGUGGGCUACCAAGAAGGUUUGUAUUUCAUUGAAUUGGUUAUUAUUAUUGAGUAUGGACAUUUGUUUACAAACGAAGUUCAAACAUUGAAAUGAACUUGCGAACUUUGUUGCGAAGUUCGUAGCCUGCUCGCAGCCGUUGUUAUUCUUACGCGCCCAAUUUCCGAACUUGGAAACGUAAUUGGCAAGUUCGCAACGAACUUGCAUGGAACUGCGCGUUGAAAAGUGACUUGAAAUCGACAAUAAUAUAAACAGAUUAUAUUUUAGCUAGGUUGUUUUAAUAUAAAUUUGUGAAGUAAUUCAUGUACUAUAUGCCUAGAAGCUUAUACACUUCACGUAAGUUCCAGUGGACAUUAGAGUCAGAUUUGAUUUCCACUAAAUUCAUCUGAUUGUUUAAAUGUUAACUGUAGUGGUAUUGAAAUAUUUAGGAAUCUGCAAUCGACCCAUCAUCUGCAGCAGGUACGAAACCAGAUGUCAUAAGUGAUGUGGAGUUUCGAGAUAUUGAUUUCGUUUAUCCUUCAAGACCUACGAUACAGGUAUCUAAAUCUUUGCUAUGUCCGAUUGUCAAAAAGGCUUAUCUGGAUUUUGAUUCUUGUUGUCUGAUUUUUUUCCAGAUUUUAAAAGAUUUCAGCCUCAAAGUUCCACAUGGUAAACGUGUUGCUCUUGUCGGAGAGAGUGGCUGUGGAAAAAGUACUGUCGUUAAACUUGUGUCCAGAUUUUAUGAUACUCAAAAAGGCUCGGUAAGUCUAUCUGACAUUAAGUUUACAUCGGUCCAUCCGAUGGAGUAUCUGCCUUGUAGCUGUUAUAUAAGCACAAGACAAACCAUUCAAAUGUACUAGCUAGAAUAGCACGAUUUAUACAAUUAUAUACUGACAGGGUAGAAGUUCGUUACACUCACUAAGUACACUCACUACGAAAGCGGAAAAUUCAAUGGAAUCGCUCAUGCAUGUGCAACCAUCCGUAUUUCGCAGACACAAUUUCUCGCGAAGAAUUUCGCCGUCGUGGAAUCAGGCCUUUAGAUUAUGCAUAUAUCAAAAUAUUCAUCUGUUCAACAGAUGAAUUAUCAGAUGGACUAACUAUCUUUUCUUUGCCCAAGUUCGUCCCGACGAAUCAUCUGCCUAUAGUAUAUAUUGACGAAUCAAUUUUAGCAGUAUUCCCAUAUCUUGUUCCAGGUUUUACUUGACGGCCAGAACAUAAAAGAUAUAAAUGUCAGUCACCUUCGAAGUCAUAUUGGUGUAGUGAGUCAAGAACCAAUUUUAUUUUCAACAACAAUUGCUGAAAACAUCGCAUUCGGUCGUGAAGGAGUCACGCAACAAGAAAUUGAGCAAGCCGCCAAGGCUGCAAAUGCUCACAAUUUUAUCUCACAGUUUCCAAAGGUAACAGAACUUGAUAGUUUUGGACUGCUGCAAUUGCUUUGUUUCAGUUAGGAAAUUGCAUUUUCAAGUCUUGUUUUUUUAUGUACUAGGGUUAUGAAACGCAAUGUGGUGAACGUGGUACACAAAUGAGCGGUGGUCAGAAACAAAGGAUUGCCAUAGCGCGAGCUUUAGUAAGAAAUCCCAAGAUAUUAUUGCUAGAUGAAGCCACGUCUGCCUUGGACUCCGAGAGUGAAGCUGUCGUACAAGACGCUUUAGACAGAGUAAGUUCGAAAUAAUAAGCUCCAUUCCUAUGCUAGGGGGUCAGUUGUAGUUGUUGUUGUUGUUGUUGCUGUUGUUGCUGUUGCUGUUGUUGUUGUUCCUGUUGCUGUUGUUGUUACUGUUGCCGCUGUUGCUGUUGUUGCUGUUGCUGCUGUUGUUGUUGCUGUUGUUGUUGCUGUUGUUGUUGCUGCUGUUGCUGUUGUUGCUGUUGUUGCUAUUGUUGCUGUUGCUGCUGUUGUUGCUGUUGCUGCUGUUGUUGCUGUUGUUGCUGUUGUUGUUGCUGUUGUUGUUGCUGCUGUUGCUGUUGUUGUUGCUGCUGUUGCUGUUGUUGCUGUUGUUGCUGAUGUUGCUGUUGGUGCUGUUGUUGCCGUUGUUGCUGCUGCUGUUGCUGCUGUUGUUGCUGCUGUUGUUGCUGCUGUUGUUGUUGCUGUUGUUGCUGCUGUUGUUGCUGUUGUUGCUGUUGUUGCUGCUGCUGUUGCUGCUGUUGCUGCUGCUGUUGCUGCCGCUGUUGCUGCUGUUGUUGCUGCUGUUGAUGUUGCUGCUGCUGUUGAUGUUGCUGAUGUUGUUGAUGUUGUUGAUGUCGUUGAUGUCGUUGAUGUUGUUGAUGUUGUUGAUGUUGAUGUUGUUGAUGUUGUUGCUGCUGUUGUUGUUGUUGUUAUUUUUCUUACUGUUUUUGUUGUUGUUGCUGUUGUUGCAAUAAAGCUCAGUUAUUAUACAAUUUCCGUUUUAUAGGCAGGUGAAGGUCGUACAACCAUUGUGAUAGCACAUCGUUUAUCAACAAUCAGAAAUGCCGACAUUAUAGUGGUUGUGAAAGAAGGUCACGUGGCGGAAACUGGAACUAAUGAAGAGUUGAUGGCGAUACCGAAUGGAAUUUACAAAACUCUCGUCAGAUUACAGGUUCUGUUUCCAGUUGUAACCAUUCUUGUAUUUGGUCAAGUUGCAACAAGUUUGUCACUCACAACUUGUUGAUAGGCCAUUGAAAUGCAGAAAUUGACAAGUCGAGAGAACUGCUUCUUAACAAGUCCUGUAAACCUAUAACAAUCUAUUAACAAGUAGUGGGAAAAAACGGUACGAAUAAUGUUGGAGCAAUCUUGUAGCAAAUUCGGUGCAGCCCUGUAAGACUUGUGCCUUUUUAGUUAUGUGUAUGGAGCAGAUACGUUAUUCAAUAACUUUAAUAUUUUGUUCAUAAAUUAUAAUUAAGGGAUGUUUCUUACAUACAGAAAGCAGUCGAUGACGAAUCUGGAGAACAAGAUGAUGAAGUAAGUGAUGAAGAAGAUGAAGAUGAAGCUUGGGAAGCCGAGGAUGGUAGAUAAUCUUACUUAAUGAUAUAUUACCUAACCCAUAUAAACUAAAGUAGCCGUAUUUCUAUUGGAUAGCUCUGUCAAAAUCAUGUCUAAUAACAAUUCUCUUUCUAGAGGACCAGUAAAAGGUUUAUUGGCCCUGUGUUAAUACCACAAUUGUAGCCUGCGUAACAGGCAGUAUUAACGAGCGUAGUAUCGGCGGGCACGAAGUAGACCACCUGCAAUGCAGGUUAUACCAGACUCGUCGCACCCAGUCGUCAAUGAAUAAAUAUACAGAUCAAUGAGACUGAGGAGUUUUGAUCAUUCCCAUCGUUUCAGGUUUGGUACAAGUCAGAGCCUAUACUACAGCAGAAAACCUAAACUAAACUAAUUCUAUUAUCAUUCAUUAUUUAUUAUCAAAUUUAUAAUUUGUUCUCUCGAGAGGUCCAGUAAAGCCAAUCAAAGUAUCUAUAAGGAAACUUUAUUUUAUUUACAUUUUAGCGGAUGGAGCUUUUAAACUCGGCACUUUCACUUCCAGUGGCAGUGUUGCUGGCUUUACCAAGACAAUUGUGGUAAGGGACUUUUCCUGUUCCGUGUUCUU